CCUCGCACCGCCUCCUUCCGCCUCGCCCUCGCCACCGCCUCCCUCCGCCUCACCGUCGCCACCUCCUCCAUCUGCCUCACCGUCUCCGCCGCCGCCGUCCGCCUCGCCCUCGCCGCCGCCGCCGUCAGCCUCGCCCUCGCCGCCGCCACCGUCAACGCCGCCGCCGUCCGCCUCGCCCUCGCCGCCGCCUCCUUCCGCCUCGCCCUCGCCACCUCCUCCAUCCGCCUCACCGUCGCCACCGCCUCCCUCCGCCUCACCGUCGCCACCUCCUCCAUCUGCCUCACCGUCUCCGCCGCCGCCGUCCGCCUCGCCCUCGCCGCCGCCGCCGUCCGCCUCGCCCUCGCCGCCGCCACCGUCUCCGCCGCCGCCGUCCGCCUCGCCCUCGCCGCCGCCGCCGUCCGCCUCGCCCUCGCCGCCGCCACCGUCGCCACCUCCUCCAUCCGCCUCACCGUCUCCGCCGCCGCCGUCCGCCUCGCCCUCGCCACCGCCGCCGUCCGCCUCGCCCUCGCCGCCGCCUCCCUCCGCCUCACCGUCGCCACCUCCUCCAUCCGCCUCACCAUCUCCGCCGCCGCCGUCCGCCUCGCCCUCGCCGCCGCCACCGUCAACGCCGCCGCCGUCCGCCUCACCCUCGCCGCCGCCUCCUUCCGCCUCGCCCUCGCCACCGCCUCCCUCCGCCUCACCGUCGCCACCUCCUCCAUCUGCCUCACCGUCUCCGCCGCCGCCGUCCGCCUCGCCCUCGCCGCCGCCGCCGUCCGCCUCGCCCUCGCCGCCGCCACCGUCAACGCCGCCGCCGUCCGCCUCGCCCUCGCCGCCGCCUCCUUCCGCCUCGCCCUCGCCACCGCCUCCUUCCGCCUCACCGUCGCCACCUCCUCCAUCUGCCUCACCGUCUCCGCCGCCGCCGUCCGCCUCGCCCUCGCCGCCGCCGCCGUCCGCCUCGCCCUCGCCGCCGCCGCCGUCGCCACCUCCUCCAUCUGCCUCACCGUCUCCGCCGCCGCCGUCCGCCUCGCCCUCGCCACCGCCGCCGUCCGCCUCACCGUCUCCCCCGCCGCCGUCCGCCUCACCGUCUCCGCCGCCGCCGUCCGCCUCGCCCUCGCCGCCGCCGCCGUCCGCCUCGCCCUCGCCGCCGCCACCGUCAACGCCGCCGUCGUCCACCUCGCCGUCGCCGCCGCCUCCUUCGGCGUCGCCGUCGCCACCGCCUCCGUCCGCGUCACCGACGCCACCUCCUCCGUCCGCCUCACCGUCGCCGCCGCCGCCGUCGGCCUCGCCCUCGCCGCCGCCGCCGUCCGCCUCGCCGUCGUCGCCGCCGCCGUCAACGCCGCCGUCGUCCGCAUCGUCGUCGCCGUCGCCUCCUUCCGCGUCGCCGUCGCCAUCGCCUCCGUCCGCGUCACCGUCGGCACCUCCUUCAUCUGCGUCACC